AUCUAUUUUACGUAUUAUAAUGAAGGCUGUUAACAAUUUCAACUUUGCUAAUACUACUCGUAUUGUCUUUGGAAAAGGACAGAUCGCUCAACUUCCCACUCUGAUUCCAAAGGAUCGUAUUGUUUAUAUGACAUAUGGAGGAGGCAGUAUAAAGCGUAACGGAACUUAUGAUCAAGUUAUGACUGCUCUAAAGGGAUAUGAAGUUCAUGAGUUUGGUGGAAUUGAAGCGAACCCUGACUUUGAUACUUUAAUCAAGGCUGUGGCUGAAAUCAAGAAACUUGAUAUGGAUCGUGUGUAUCUUCUUGCUGUUGGAGGAGGUUCUGUUGCUGAUGGUACUAAAUUCAUUGCUGCUGCGUGCAAAUACACAGAUUCUGAAGAUCUUUGGAACCUUGUGUUGACGGGUGCUCACACUAUCACAGCCGCCCUUCCCAUUGGUGUUGUUUUGACUCUUCCUGCUACUGGAUCAGAAAGUGAUCCGAGUGGAAUGAUUUCUCGUCGUACUUUGAAGAUGAAACUUCCCAUUUCCAAUCCUAUAUUGCUUCCCAAAUUUGCGAUUUUGGAUCCUCUCACAACUAUGUCUCUUCCAGAAAGACAAACUACGAAUGGUGUUGUUGAUUCAUUUGUUCAUGUAUGUGAACAAUACAUCACGAGCUGUCAAAGUAUUUAUUAUGAUGCUGAUGUCCAGGAUCGAUAUUCUGAAGCAUUAUUGAAGGUUCUCAUUGAUAAUGGACGAUUGGUAAUGAAAGAUCCGAUGAGUUAUGUGGCUCGUUCGAAUAUAAUGUGGGCUUCGACUCAAGCUCUGAAUGGUUGGAUUGCUCAAGGAGUUGAAGAAGAUUGGGCAACUCAUUUUGUUGCUCAUGAAUUGACUGCCUAUUUGGGAAUUGAUCAUGGUCGUACUUUGGCUUGUAUUCAACCUCGUUUACUUCGAUUCAAUUUCGAAUCAAAGAAAGAGAAAUUGGCUCAGAUGGGUCGACGUGUGUUCAAUCUGGAAGGAAGUGACGACGACGAAAUUGCAAACAAGACAAUCGAUGCAAUUGUCGAUUUCUAUGAAAAGGAUAUGAAGGUUCCGACUCAUAUUUCUGCAUAUGAUCCGACUGGAGAUCGUAAAUGGGUAGAAGAAGUUGAAAAGAAAUUCUUGGAGAAUGAUACUCAUUUGGGUGAGUUAGGAAAUGUUGAUGCUCAUGUGGCUCGUCAACUGAUUUUGGAUAGUUAUUAAUU